AUGGCGUUUCUGUGGGUACUCACCUGCUUGGCCCUUGCCAGCACCGUCUCAGGCUGCGGGGUGCCUGCCGUCAGCCCUUCGGUGGCGUCCAGCGAGAGGAUUGUUAACGGGCAGACUGCGACCCCUGGCUCAUGGCCCUGGCAGGUGUCCCUGCAGAGCCGGUCAGGAUCCCACUUCUGUGGCGGCUCCUUGAUCAACGAGUACUGGGUGGUCACUGCUGCCCACUGCAACUUCAACCCCUAUUCGCACGUCGUCGUCCUCGGGGAGUAUGACCUCUCCAACCCACAGGGCGUGCAAGUGAAGACUGUGGCCAGGGCCAUCACGCAUCCCGACUGGAACCCCAACACCUUCAACAGUGACAUCACCCUGCUGAGGCUCUCCUCACCCGCCCAGCUGAGCUCCUACGUGUCCCCCAUCUGCCUGGCCCCUGCCAACCUGAACCUGCCCAACAACCUCCAGUGUGUCACCACCGGCUGGGGACGCGUCAAUCCCAACUCCCAAGCCUUGGCGUCCCGCCUGCAGCAGGUGACGCUGCCCCUGAUCUCCGAGAGCCAGUGCAUGCAGUACUGGGGUAGCCGCAUCACCAGCUCCAUGCUCUGCGCCGGCGGCGUUGGAGCCACCUCCUGCCAGGGUGACUCUGGUGGACCUCUGGUAACGCUUAACGGCAACUACUGGAUGCUGAUCGGCAUCGUCUCCUGGGGCACCAGCGACUGCAACACCAACACCCCGGCCAUGUACACCCGCGUCAGCCAGUUCCGCUCCUGGAUCGACUACAUCGUAUCGCAGGGCUAGAGUGACCCGGCGCCUGGCACCGCGGCUCGGCACCGCCGGCAAAGGGGCUGGAGGCAGCCUCACCCCCUAAUAAAGACCC